AUGGUCAAGCUCACUGCCACCAUGCUGCUCAAGUUCAUGGGCGCAGACCGGGACCCGGUGCUCCUGGGCUCCGCAACCGACCUCUCGUCCUUCGGUUUUUUUCAGCGCAGCACCGUGCGGGAGAUGCUGAUCUUCGUGUCCCGCACCGUGGCCAGGAAAACCGCGAUUGGAGCGCGACAGAGCGUGCAGCAUGAGGAGUACCUUGCCCACGUCUACAACCGGGACGGCCUGGUGGCCGUGGUCUUCACCGAUGCCACCUACCCGGCGCGGGCAGGGUUCUGCGUGGCCAAUCAGGUCAUAGACGACUUCACUGCCCAGGAUGGGGAUUCCUGGCGAGGGAACACGAGCGAUGUGGAGACGGGAAACGCAUUGCUGGAGGCAGCCCUCCAAAAAUAUCAGGAUCCCACAGCGGCAGAUAAGCUCGCCAAGAUCCAAAAAGACCUCGACGAGACCAAGAUCAUCUUGCACAAGACGAUUGAGAGUGUACUAGACAGGGGCGAAAAGCUCGAUCAGCUGGUGGAGAAGAGUAAUGAUCUUGGAAUGGCGAGUCAGCUCUUCUACAAGCAAGCUCGGAAGGCAAACUCCUGCUGCCGACUCAUGUGA